AUGAGUGUUGAUAUAGAAGAUGAUCUUCAAGAAUUAAAUAGAUACAAGUCAUAUGAAGUAGAUGUGACUGAUUAUCAGUUUAGCAGGAUGCUAGGCAAAGGAACAUACGGCAACGUCUGGCUUGGUUUAAAUAAGUAUACAGGCUGGAAUGCAGCUGUAAAGGAAUUGAUUACAAAAGAACUUGACCAACAGCAAAUAUCAUUCUUCAAGCGAGAAGUUGAGAUUCUGAUCAAAGCAAAAGAUACAUUUUUAUUAGACCUGAUAGGAUUCACAACCAAGCCACCAUACUCUAUUCUAACAUCCUACAUGCAAUGCGGAUCACUUUGGGAUAUGAUUCACAAUCAUCCUGGCACAAUCAACGGUACUCAGAAAACAAACAUCGCUUUAGGUAUCGCACACGCAAUGAGGAAACUACACGCUAAAAACAUUAUCCAUAGAGACCUCAAAUCACCUAACAUUCUCUUAGAUGAAAAAGUUCUUCCUAAAGUUGCAGAUUUUGGACUUGGAAGAUUCAUUGGAGAUGAUUCCGCGGAAAAAUACAUGACAAAAUGCAUCGGAACACCCAUAUGGAUGGCUCCAGAACAAAUUCAUUCAGAUACUUAUGAUAAAUCAGUCGAUGUAUACGCGUUUGGAAUGAUUCUUUACGAAAUGUUUACAGAGGUUGUGCCAUUCAAGGGGUACACUGACGUUCAAAUUUUCCAAUCCGUUGAAAAACACCUCAGACCUGAACUUCCUUCUGUAGAAAACCAGCCUAAGCAGGUACAAAAGCUUGCUACGCUUAUAAGCUUGUGUUGGGCUGAUGAUCCUUCUUUACGUCCUUCUUUCGAAAAAAUUUUUAAAUUAUUUUCUCGACACGUCGUUGCUUUUCCGAGCUGCCAACCACGUGGUGUUGAUGCACUCCUAAGAAUGAUUAGCGAAAGCGACGAACAUGAGCAAAUUAAAGAAGGAUUCAGUUCAGAACAAAUUUCAUCGAUUUUGGAAAUCCGCGACAGAUAUAAGAAAGAAAAAUACGAAGUACCAGAAAGAAUCUCGCAACUUGUUCGUGGAGGAGAUAUAUCCGAAAUCAGCAAAAUGAUCGUUGCUAUUCCAACUUACAAUGUUAACGCAAAAGAUAGCAAAGGAUAUACUCCACUGCAUAUUGCGGCCAUUCUUCCUAGUAUUCCAAUACUUUCUUUCUUAUUGGACAUAAAAACAAUUAAUCCAAACGUCCAAGAUGAUAAAGGACGCACACCAGCAAUGCUUGCCAUUAAAGUACACACUCUUGAUGUUCUUAUCAAGCUAAUUGAGCAUCCAAAGACAGAUGUUAAUAUUAAGGAUCAUUCCGGCCAUACGAUCGCCCAUUAUUCGGUUAUUUUCAAUGACAUUGACGCAUUGAAAGUAAUUAUGAAAAAUAAGAACCUUGAUCUGAAGAUCGUAGACAAGAAAGGUAAUUCUCCUUUGGAAAUAGCCAAGCAAGACCAUAAUAAGGCUAUGAUCGAUCUUUUGUCUGCAGAUUCUAAGAAAUAA